AUGUCAGUAAACACUGCGAAUACGCCUGAUGGCCGAGGCGUUUUGAUAUACAAUGGAGAGGUUAUCCUCGUUUUCGCCAGAGGUGUCGUAAUGACAAUUGGAAAAAACAGUAAUCAGAAUUUGGAAGGGAAAUUCAAUGGGACAUUGUACCUAACAUCUCACCGUGUGAUUUUUAUGCCUGACGGAGUGCAGGUGUUUCGAUCCUUUGAGAUACCAUUCUCAUCCAUGCAGGACGUGCACUUAGAGCAGCCAAUAUUCGGUGCGAACUAUCUUCGAGGGAUCGCUAUCGCUAUACCUGGAUCUCAGUUAUAUGGAGAAAUUCCUUGGCGAUUGACAUUUAACAAAGGAGGUUGUAUCGAUUUUGGUCAGACUCUUCUUGAAGCUGUUGACAGAGCUAGCAGGUUUCGUCCGUCUAACGCACCUCCUCCAUAUGCCCCACCGAGAGGUUACUUCUAUGCAGCUCCACCGGAUUAUUAUGCUCCUUCAAACGAAGGUCACAAUGGAUUGCAACCUCCAACUCAUGCUUUCCCUGAUCGUCCGCAUUCGGAUUCUGUCUUUAUGUGCGAAGCUCCUCCUCCUUACCCAGGAAUUGGACCGAAUCGAGAGCCUUUGCCUACGGAACAGCUUCAUCGUGCCGGAACUAGUUCGCCACCUCCAUAUUCAUCUGACUCCAGUUCGGCUGAGUUAAGGAGAAGACAUUGA